UAAAAUGUGGUGAGCAGUGAGAAUAAAAUCAUGUGUUUACUGAAUCAGAUUAGUUUUCUAUCAUUUGUGGUAACUAGCUUUCUCUACAAGACUGACAUCUGGUGGACUUGUUUAUUAUAUGAUGACAAGCACACUUGUUUGCGCAUUUGACAGAACAAGGAAAUUAUUCAGUUCAGCGAAAACGAAACUAACCAAUCGUUGAUCUGGGCGCUGUAUGUUUCUCUGUCUUUGUGUACAUACAUAAAUAUGGCAGAAGCCAAUGUUGCUUUAGCUCAGGAUCAGUUUAUCUGUUCAAUCUGUCUGGAUCUCCCGAAGGAUCCAGUGACUAUUCCCUGUGGACACAGUUACUGUAUGAGCUGUAUUACGGAUUACUGGAAUCAGGACGAUCAAUGGAGAGUCAGCUGCCCUCAGUGCAGACAGACCUUCAGUCCAAGACCUGUUUUAGGUAAAAACACCAUGCUGGCUGAAGUGGUGGAGAAACUGAAGAACACUCAACUACAAGCUGCUCGUCCUGAUCACUGUUAUGCUGGACCUGGAGAUGUGGAGUGUGACGUCUGUACUGAGAGAAAACACAAAGCCGUCAAGUCCUGUCUGGUGUGUCUCAACUCUUACUGUCAAGAUCAUCUCGAACAACAUGAGAAUUUCUUCAAAGGCAAGAAGCACAAGCUGAUAGAUGCCACUGGACGACUUCAGCAGAUGAUCUGCCCUCAACAUGAGAAACUUUUAGAGAUUUACUGUCGUACUGAUCAGCAUUGUAUAUGUCUUCUAUGUAUGGUGGGCAAGCACAAAAAUCACAAUACAGUAUCAACUGAAGAAGAGCGGACUUGGAAACAGAAACAAUUGACGGAGAUACAAAGACAAUACCAGCAGAGAGUGCAGGAGAAACAGAAGAAGCUACAGGAGUUGAGAGAGGCUGUGGAGACUCAUAAGCGGUCUGCACAGGCAGCAGUGGAGGACAGUGAGAAGAUCUUUACUGAACGGAUCCGCUCCAUUGAGAGAAGUCGCUCUGAGGUGAUACAGCUGAUCAGAGAUCAGGAAAAGGCUGCAGUGAAUCGAGCUGAAGAACUCUUGAAGCGUCUGGAGCAGGAGAUUGAUGAUCUGAGGAGGAGAGACACUGAGCUGGAGCAGCUUUCACACACAGAUGAUCACAUCCAUUUCCUCCAGAGUUUCCAGUCUCUGUCUGUUCCUCCUGGAUCUACAGCCUCACUCAACAUCACUGUCAGUUCUCUCCUCUCUUUUGAUGAUGCAGGAAAAUCUGUGUCUCAUCUGAAAGAGAAUCUGGAGAAGUUCUGCAGAGAAAAGAUAGAAAAUAUAUCAGUUGAAGUGAAACACAAAGAGAUAUUCAGUCAUGAACCAAAGACCAGAAAGGAUUUCCUCCAAUACUCCCACCAGCUGACACUGGAUCCAAACACAGCACAUAAACACCUCUGUCUGUCUGAAUGGAACACAGUGAUUACUAACACUGGCACAGUUCAGUUGUAUCCUGAUCAUCCAGACAGAUUUGAUGGUACAGCUCAAGUGUUGUGUAGAGAGAGUGUGAGUGGACGCAGUUACUGGGAAUUUGAGUGGAGUAGUAAUGUUGGUAUAUCAGUGUCAUAUAAGAGCAUCAGCAGGAAAGGAGAGGGUAAUAAUUGUAGGUUUGGACAUAAUGUACAGUCCUGGUGUUUAUACUGCUCUGAAUACAGUUACUCAUUCUAUCACAAUCAUAAAAACACUAAACUCUGUGUAGUGCCCGGAUCUUCUAGAAUAGGAGUGUACGUGGACCACAGCGCAGGAAUUCUGUCCUUCUACAGCGUCUCUGACACAAUGACCCUCAUCCACAGAGUCCACACCACAUUCACUCAACCUCUCUAUCCUGGGUUUUGGGUUUACGGAUCAGUUUUGGAUAAAAACAUAUCAAGAGUAAAAUUGUGUUAUGUAACAAAAUUACUUGCAAAGAAUUUUUAAAAGUUAUAUAGUUGUCACAGGGUCUCAACAAUAAAUAUUUUUCUAAUUUGCAUAUUACAAUUUAUAGAGACAGUCUCCAGCAAAUGAUGACAGGUUUUUGAUUCCCAGUCAACAGGUUUAAACUUAGAACUUAAUUAUAAACCCAAAUCUUUAACUACUAGCCCUUAAUGAAAUAACAUGUCAGAUAUGAUUAGGUUAAACAUCUUCACUUAAGAUUAAUCUAGUGAUUGAUGCCAGAUUGGAAUCAAAAGAAAUCUUUGUCAUUAAAACAAUCAUGUGUGAACAUUUGGGUGCAAAAUUGUGUUUGGGUUAAUGUGUUUUUAUGUGAAUAGGCUUGUUUGCUUGUAAAAAUAUAUUAAUUAUGUUGCAGUUUGAUGCAGGUCAUAUAAUUCUCACAUGACUGUCAAUAAUAAUGAAACUUACUUCAUGUUGAACUGAAAAUAUUAUGGAGGCCUAAAAGUAAUAGUAUAGAAAAUAUAGAAAGUGUACAGAUAAUAUUGCCAUACCACAAAUUUGAGCAUCCAAUAUAAAUAAAACAUUUAAAGUGUAAGUUUGGCUGAAGUGGUGGAGAAACUGAAGAGAUUAUUAUAUAGAUCUGAUAUACCAGAGAUGAUAUAUUUCUGCAAUCUAUGCAUUAUAAAUGUAUUGAUGUUUCUGUUGUAUGUCUUUGUGUCUGUGUAGAGUUUUUUUCAGUCUCUCUCUCUCUCUCUCUCUCUCUCUCUCUCUCUCUCUCUCUCUCUCUCUCUGUUCCUCCUGGAUCUACAGACUCUCUCAACAUCACAUCUCUCUUUCGAUUAUGUAGAAAAAUAAUAUUGUGAUGUUACAAGUUCUCAAUAAUAAUUCUUCAGAUAAUUAGUUCAUAGUACAAUUACACCAUUUUACUGUAAAAAUAACUUCCAUCUGAUUCUCUUUUUACAGUUUGGUUUUAUAAAGGCUGUACAUCAAAC